GGGAACACAUAAGUUGGAUUGGCUAGGUGUCUUAUACAGGGCACUUGGGGGGCAUAUGAAUAAUUGGUGGGGGUCCUGGGCAUCUUUUGGAAGAGGAGACCAGGACAGUUUGCCUACCCCAUCACCAUAGUGCAGGGCCUGUGUCUGUGGGACAGUGGCUCGGUGUGGCUGGUCCCCAUGCUGACUGUCCCACUGGCACAGGGCCUCUAUGAGGAGUGCCAGUACCUCUUCCAGCCACAGCUCAUUGUGCAGCGCCUGGUGAACAUUGCCGUGCUGUACCCUGGUUACGUCACUGAGCAGAGCAUGGCUCCUCAUAACCGCUCCUGCCUCUACAAGGUGUUCGUGCCCAGCUACACAUCACGUGUGGUGGUGGAGGUGCUGCGGUGCCGCGGGGUCGAGGGCUGCCCACUCUGGCUGCGCAUGCGAGCGAAGGCCCCCCCACUGCACAACUCAACAGCAGUAGACUGCCGGGAGCGUGUGCCCUGCCAUCUGGCACUGGACCUGCCUUUCUGGCAGCACUGGUACUAUGUGCUGGUGGAGAGGCACCCUGGGUCUCCAGGCACCAUCUCCUUCCAGAUCACCGUGCAGCUGACAGACUGCUCCCGCCCCAGCCUGGCCCGGCCGCCCUUCCUGCCCUCCAGCGCCUCCAUGAACAUGCCGCACUCCUUUGGUUCUGCGGGUGGGAUGGUGCUGGGGGACAGCCCCCCUCCCACCAGCCCCAACAGCACCAAGCGCCCGCUCCCCGUCUCUUCCACCAUGCCUGCCACUGAGCGCUGCUGGCCCAUCCGCCCCACGCUGCGCAACGAGCUCGACACCUUCUCCGUCCACUUCUACAUCUUCUUUGGGCCCAACGUGUCAGUGCCGCCUGACCGUCCCGCCGUCUUUGUCAUCAACCUCCUGCCGGUGCUGGACAGUGGCGGGGUGCUCAACCUGGAGCUGCGGCUCAAUGUGAGCUCUCUGUGUGGUGAGAAUGUGACAGUGUUUGGCUGUUUGAACCAUGAGGUCCCACUGACAUCUGGUGACAACACAUCGGUUACCUGUGAGACAGAGUCCCUGGCAGGCUUCCUGCUCUCUGUCAACGCCACGGCCAGCCUGAGCCGCCUGCGCAUCCCUUACCCACAGACGGGCAGCUGGUACCUGAGCCUACGCUCCCUCUGUGCCACAGAGCAUGGGUUUGAGCCUUGCACCAAUGUGACAGCUGAAGUCUACCUGCGUGCCUACCUCUCACCCUGCAUCAACGACUGUGGCAUCUAUGGGCAGUGCAAGCUGCUGCGUACCAACAAUUAUUUGUAUGCAGCCUGUGAGUGCAAAGCUGGAUGGAAUGGCUGGGGCUGCACUGACAAUGCCGAGGCAUUCUCCUAUGGUUUCCAGCUCCUCUCCACUCUGCUGCUCUGCCUCAGCAAUGUCAUGUUUGUGCCUCCCGUGGCCAUUGCUGUGCGCAGUCACUACCUCCUGGAAGCUGCUGUCUACAUCUUCACAAUGUUCUUCUCCACUUUUUAUCAUGCCUGUGACCAGCCAGGCAUCGUGGUGUUCUGCAUCAUGGACUAUGACGUGCUGCAGUUCUGUGACUUCCUGGGUUCCCUCAUGUCUGUCUGGGUCACUGUCAUCGCCAUGGCCCGGCUGCAGCCCGUGGUCAAGCAGGUGCUGUACCUUCUGGGGGCCAUGCUGCUUUCCAUGGCACUACAGAUGGACCGCCAUGGGCUAUGGAACCUGCUGGGACCCAGCCUCUUUGCCUUGGGCAUCAUGGCCAUUGCUUGGAGAGGACUGUGUCCUGCAUGGCAUUUGUGCCCCGUCCCAUCACUGUGGGGCUGAAACAAAAGCUGCUUCUCGGUGAGUUUAAAUAGGCCCUACAAUAACAGGUUGCAACAAGUAUGCGGUGAGAUGUGUCUCAGUGGGGUUUAUCCAUAGGAGCUCUCUUGGAAAGCUGCAAGGAACCACGCUCCAGCUCCUCUUGGAUUCACUUCUCAGAAUCCGGGACAGCUCAGCACUCAGUUAAUUAAAUCUGCGACUGCAUUUUUCAUCUAAGGGCCAGGCCAAGCAGCCAGGCAUGCUCCUGGGGGCGGAGACUGGCAGGCAUCAGUGGGGAGGAUCCCAGAACUCGGUGACAGCCCAGUGCAUCCUCUGGGUCCUGCUGGCUGCCUGUCAGGAGAUAGAUAUCCCCAUCCCCCGCCUGCUUCCCAGGUACCUCCGUCCCUAAUGAAGAUGCUCUUAGGGUAAAGACUGGGCUCUGCCUGUUCCCUGCUCAGAUUUUUGGCAUUCCUGUGACUCCAGUGGGAACAGCCUUCCUAGUGCUCCAUUCCUGCCUCUGCCAGACACAGCAACUGCAUCACCAUGGCAACAGUGUCCCCAUAGCAACCAGGUACAUCUGACAUCCUCAUGGCAACUGGGUCCCUGAACAGCUGUUGAUGGGGAGGGAUGAGAGUUCUGAAUCCCACCAGUGACAUGAGGACAGACACAACAUCCAGAGUAGUGUGAUCCUUCAUAUGCCUGUCCUGACAGGGGGAGCAGCAGGGGGAAGGCAGAAGGGAGUGGCAUUGGGGCCAGCACUACCACUGCUCAGCAUCCUGCAUCCCAUCCCUGCAGUCGGACCAGCAUUCCCUGCUUGGAAAUGAGCAUCCCUAAAACCCCAUAGUCUCUUCCUGGCCCUAAAUCACACUGUGGGAUGUUGUGCCUGCUGCCUGCCCUCCCAACGGGGCUCACCCUGCUGCAGCCUGCACUGUGCAACUUUAAUGCGCCUGGCCUGAAUCACUGAGCCCUGCAGCAGCUGUGUGAGCAUAGGCAGCAUCUCUUCCUCUUCACUCCUUGCCCUUGUGUUCCCUGACAGCAAGAUGGCAGUGGUCACUAAAAUCCAGGAAUUAAGCUUGUCAACCUGAGAUUGAUAAGAAGCUGACAUUGUUAUGUAUCAACAUCUCAUACUAUGCAUGCACAGCGUUAACAGGGAGUGCUUGCAAGGAAGUCUUUUGUGGUCAUAAAGUACCACGAGGAGGUGCUACCCAGGCAGAAAGUCAUGUGUUACACAAGCCAGGUUCUAUAUAGGGCCAGGAACUUAUUUACAAAAAAACGUGGCUGUUGACUGAGUUUCUAAUCAGCAUUUAAUCUGGGCCAUUGGAAGCCACAAGAAGUCCCCUCUUCCCCCUCCCCAGGCCAUUUCUGGAGCAGUGUUCCCAUCACAUGGUAUCCAGACAACCUCAGUGACACUCAGCUUGGUUCCCUUGGGCUGACAGCCUCUCUGUGCUGAUAUCACAAGGGCAGUUCAUAUGGGCUGGGUAGGGGUUCAGCACCACAAAGCCCUAGAGCUGGAGGCAGCAUGUCCCCACUGCUGUGCCUGUGAUCCCAUCACACCACAUCCCACAGCUGAUGUAAACCCUGCUGUGGGCACAGCCAGAGCUUGGGCACAGCUACCACUGCAGGGGAUGAGGGCAGUACUCUCAUGUGGAAUCAGCCUUUCAGCAACAGAAGUCAAACUGCUGCACCAUGUGCAGUCCCAGAUGAAUUUGCCUGAAGAAGCAAGCCUGCAGAGGAAGAAAAAAUGAUGGCAACG